AUGUCUAGUCAAGAAUUCCUUCUCCGUGAUAUCCAGCCAGCUGUGAGCCCAUGUGCGGCAGAAGUUAUCGAAUCUCAAAUCCAUACCGAAUCAAGCACCGCCAAUUUCUUCUCGCUUUACCGGUAUGCAAAUGCGUCGCAGAUUUGCACGCUGUUCGUAUCGGCAUGCUGUGCGAUAGCCGCCGGUGCAGCAAUGCCUCUGGUGACGGUUGCUUUCGGGACUCUGGCAGAUGGAUUUAUCAACGGGCACGAUCAAUCGCAUAAUAUUCAGGACCAGACUCAGCAUCUUACACUUAGGCUAGUGUAUAUCGCAAUCGGUUCUUUUGUCACGACCAUGGUUAGCACUUGGGGCUUCAAUGUCGUUGGAGAACAGAUCGCAAGCCAGCUCCAACAGAAAUAUCUCUCUGCGGUCCUGCAGCAGAAUAUGGCCUAUUUCGAUAUUGUCGGCACAGGCGAACUCACUUCCUAUAUGGAUCAAGACAUGAAAUUAAUCCAGGAAGGCAUCUCGCACAAGGUCGGAGAUCUGCUGUCGGGAAUAUCUGGAUUUGUAGUCGCCAUCACAUGCGCAUUCAUGCAGAACCGUCGCUUUGCAGCUAUCAUGAUAUCUCAGCCGAUCGCUUUGAUCCUCCUUGUUGGGCUGAUGGGGUAUUGGCUAAGUGUGACGCAGCGAAUGGGCCUUGCUCAAUAUGUUCAAGCAGACAACUUGGCACAAGAAGUCCUUGGCGCCAUGAGGAAUGUCAUCGCCUAUCGGAGCCAGAAAAGGUAUGCGAAAAAGUACCAUGAUAGCUUGCGGCACCCGGCUGCCUUGGACUUUCAAGAACGAUUGAUUUUCGGAGUUAUUGUCGCAGGCUCCUUUACGAUUCUGCAUUGGACUAACGGGUUGGGCCUAUGGCAAGGGGAUCGCCUAUACCGCGAAGGGCUCUGUAAUAUUUCAGAGAUAUUGACAAUCCUGUAUGCAACAGCUGUGGCGGGAGGAAUGCUCUGCCAGGCGUUGCCUUGUGUUGUCGAUAUCACCCAGGCCAAUGGUGCAGCUAGUCGAGUCUUUUCAGUGAUUGAGCGUACAUCGCCUAUCAAUCCUCUGGCUGGCACGGGCAGAAAAUACGAUCGAGUCCAUGGUGAUAUUCAGUUCGACGAAGUAAUCUUUGCCUAUCCUGCGCGGCCUGAACAGACCGUCCUAGAUGGCGUCAGUUUGCAUGUACCUCCAGGACACACCGUAGCCCUGGUGGGACCAUCAGGGUCUGGGAAGUCGACCGUUUUUGGUCUUUUGGAACGAUUGUACCUCCCACUCAGCGGUCGUAUCACGCUAGAUGGCGAGCCAAUUGACGAGUUGAACAUCUCAUGGCUAAGGUCCCAGAUUGGCUAUGUCAGCCAGGAUGUUACUUUGUUCCAGGCGUCAAUUCAUACGAAUAUUGCUUUUGGCCUUUCCACAGCUGCCACGAAGAACCUAGACGCACCUACCAUUCGAAGACUAGUCAUCCAAGCCGCCGAGACAGCCCAGAUCCAUGCCUUUAUUAUGGACCUUCCCCAAGGUUACGAUACCGUUAUCACGGCAAACGGGUCAAGCCUUUCCGGUGGGCAGAGACAAAGACUUGCGAUUGCCCGUGCAAUUGUAUCUCAGCCCUCUAUUUUAUUACUGGACGAAGCAACUGCUGCACUGGAUAGUCAAUGUGAGAAAGAAGUCCAGGAGGCUCUCACCGAGGCUGUUGCUGGAAGAACCACCAUCAUAAUCGCCCAUAGGCUGUCAACAAUUCAGAAUGCCGAUACAAUCGUUGUCAUCAAGGACGGUCAGAUUCAGGAUCAAGGAUCCCACGCUGAGCUAAUGGCAACGUCCACAAUGUAUCAAGAGCUAGUAAAACAGCAAGCACUCCAAUCAAAUGAUCAAUCAGAGGAUGGUAUCAUCAGCCAGUCGCCGAGUCCAGCAAUACAUCCUCGAGAAUUUUCACAGAAUAUUUCAACCAACGACGAGGUGAGGAGCAUGCCAGAGGAUUAUCCGCAACGCAAAUCCAGUAUCAAAUAUGUUUGGCACUUGAAUAAUCCAGAGCUUCCUUAUACUACCGCAGGUGUCGUUUUCAGUAUCUUGGUUGGGGUGACAUAUCCAAUCCAAGCAAUCUUCUUUGGCAACGGAAUCAUAUCCAUCAUUCGCCCCAGUCUAAGUACCGGUGACAACAAUGUUCUUUUCUGGGCUCGGAUGUAUCUUAUCCAUGGUAUCGUUGUGUUUGUGGUUUAUUGUGUACGAGGAUAUUGCUUUGCCGUAUCCGCAUCCCAGUUGAACCUCCGAGCUCGCUCACAUCUGUUCAGGACGUUGCUUAUGAAGAAUCUUGGAUUUUUCGAGGACAAAGAUCACUCAACUGGGUCCUUGGUGAGCUUCCUAUCAUCAGGGACUCCGAAAAUCACGGGUGUCUCGGGAACUUCACUCGGGCUUAUGGCUGAGAGUCUCGUGAUGCUCGCAACGGGGAUCACUGUUGGAUGUAUCUUUGGUUGGAAACUUGGUCUGGCUGCAACAGCUGCCGUCCCAUUUGUAGCUGUUUCCGGCUUUCUGCAGUACUAUAUCGUGGCGCAAAUACACAAGUACGUUAAGCGCGACACGAAUGCCGUGGCCGUUGCGCAUGAAGCCUUUUCCGCCAUCAAAACUGUCACCGUCCUCGGCUUGCAGAACAUUAUCAGCGAAUCCUUUCAAAGGGAAAGCGGCCGGGAUAGCCAAGGGGGGUACUGGGUCAUGUCUGCCACUAUGUAUGCGUGCACCACAUUGUUCCGGAUAUUGAGUAUUGCUUUUGUAUUCUGGUAUGGCGGUACUCACCUCAUCGCAACGGGUGAGUACAACAUCCAGCAAUUCUUCAUUUGUUUUGCGGCUACCAUCUGGGGGUCGCAAUCUGCGGCUGCGCUUUUCGCACACGCCCCAGACAUUGCGGGCGCUCAUGCUGCUGCUGUGAGAUUGGAGAAUUUGAUGAAAACCGGCGAUUCUAAAUUCCCAGGCAAAAUAUACAGCCAUGAUCACUCCGUCUCCGUGUCAAGUACAGCUGAGGACCUUGAACUACGACACGUGAACUUCCAAUAUCCAUCUCAUCCAUCCCGACUCACAUUAAACGAUGUCAGCCUCAACGCCACAGCGGGGUCAUUCAUUGCCCUCGUCGGGGCCACUGGCAGCGGCAAAAGCUCGGUAAUAAAUCUGAUAGAGCGUUUCUAUGCUCCUGCAUCGGGCAGGAUAACGCUGGAAGAUCUGUCCAUUGAACAAUAUGAUCUCGAUAGCUAUCGAGGAUACCUGGCUCUAGUCGAUCAGAACCCCUGCCUGGUUGGUCAAGAUCUGCGCGAGUGUUUGCAGAGUGAUGAACGGGUUGUUUCGGAUGAUGACAUCUUGAUCGCAUUGAAAAGUGUUGGGCUUGUUGAUUUUGUGCUAUCCCUCCCUCAAGGCCUAUACACCCCUACCAUAGGAAAUGGAUCGACACUUUCUGGUGGUCAACGUCAGCGUAUGGCGAUCGCAAAGGCUCUUUUAUGGAGACCAUGGAUUCUUCUGCUCGAUGAAGCAACCUCUGCACUGGACACAGCCUCGGAGAAAAUAGUCCAAGAGGCACUCCGGGACGCAAUGAAAGGCCGAACCACCAUCGCCGUCGCCCAUCGACUCAAGACAAUUGCUGAUGCUGAUGAGAUUUUAGUCUUUGACCGUGGACAAAUAAUCGAGAGGGGGACCCAUGAUGAGUUGAUGCAGGCCGGGGGAAAGUACUGGCAGAUGGCCAAGCUGCAGCAAUUGAAUGAGGAAGGUUGA